GCGAUCUUGUUGCCUUCUAUAACUUCCAUGCGGUGCGCGCGCCGCAUUGUUUACUCCGUAACACGACAGAUCGCCGUGCUUAGGCAAGAAGAUCGCUCCAGCCGCCCCGGCCAAGCCCACAGCAUCAAGCUAGUCAAACCAUGGCUUCCCCUACACGGAGCAACAAGCUGCGCAUCCUUCUCAUCCCGUUCUUCGCCAGCAGCCACAUCGGCCCCCUCACGGACCUCGCCUUCCACCUCGCCGCGGCCAGGCCGGGCGUCGUUGAGGCCACCGUCGCUGUCACCCCCGCGAACGCCACGGUCGUCCGGUCAGCUCUGGCCCGGCGCGGCCCCAGCGCCGGUGCCACGGUUCAGGUGGCGACGUACGCGUUCCCGUCCGUGGAUGGCCUCCCGCCGGGCGUCGAGAACCUCUCCACGGUCGCAGCCACGGACGCCUGGCGCAUCGAUGCAGCUGCCUGGGACGAGGCGCUGAUGCGGCCGGGACAAGAAGGUCACAUCAGGGAGCACUCGCCGGACGCCAUCAUCACCGACCCGCACUUCUUCUGGAACGUCAACGUUGCUGCGGACUUGGGAGUGCCAUGUGUCACGUUCCACGCUAUAGGUACGUUCCCAACACUGGCCAUGGUGAACCUUGUCCUCGGCGGCAUCCACAACUCCACCGGCAGCGUGGUGACUGUCCCAGGGUUUCCAAACCCAGAUAUACGGGUCCCUCUUAUGGAGCUCCCAGAGUUCCUAAGAACCCAGCAAAUAAUCCCUCGCUCCAUCGGAGACCGGGCAGUUUCGGCGCAAGGAAGAUGCCUCGGACUCGCCGUCAACACUUUCUUCGAUCUGGAGCAUGGGUACUGCGAAUUGUACAUGCGCAAUGGCUACGUGAAGCGCACCUACUUCGUCGGCCCCCUCUCGUUGCCAUCGCCAUCUGCCGGAGCAAGCGCCGGCAACUCACCUUGCAUCCGUUGGUUGGACACGAAGCCAACCCAGUCAGUCAUGUAUCUAUGCUUUGGAAGCUUGACUCAUGUCUCUGAGGCUCAGCUUCACGAGCUGGCUCUCGGGUUAGAAGACUCCGGGAAGUCCUUCCUGUGGGUGGUCAGGGGUAACGCGUGGAUGCCACCGGAGGGGUGGAAGGAGCGCGUUGGGGAUAGAGGGAUGGUCGUCACAGGGUGGGCGCCGCAAACCGCGAUCCUCGCACAUCCAGCGGUAGCGGCGUUCGUGACGCAUUGUGGAUGGAACUCUGUCAUGGAGACUGUAGCAGCCGGCGUGCCGGUGCUGACGUGGCCGAUGGUCUUCGAGCAGUUCAUCACCGAGAGGUUCGUGACGGAAGUGCUAGAAAUUGGAGAGCGGCUGUGGCCGGAGGGUGCUGGAGUGAGGAGCACAAAGUCUGAAGAACAUGAGCUGAUCCCAGCCGAGGCAGUGGCACGAGCGGUGGCCAGGUUCAUGGAGCCCGGAGGGGCAGGCGAUGCCGCGAGGAGCAGGGUCAAGGAGCUCUCCGCAAAGGCUCAUGCGGCCAUGGCUGAAGGUGGCUCCUCCCACCAUGACCUGCGGCGCCUGAUUGAUGAUCUCAUCGAAGGAAGAAACGCUGGUGCAGGGGACGAUGCCACAAUCUGAUACUCUGAUUUGAGCUCAGAACCUGGAUAGAUAACUCGGUGUGGAGGAAGUGACGUCCAAAAAUCAAUUUUCUGAAAAGGAAGUUUGUGCCUCUCCUGUUGUCUAGGCUGAGUGUUGCUGAAACCCUGUCUGUUGUCUGUACUGCUGAAAGUGUUGUUGGUAACUGUUAAGCAGGGUCGUGUGUUUUUGCUUGCUGGUCUGGUCGCUCAGGCAGGGCAUCUGCACAUAAUCUUCAGGUAGACACUCUAGCUGCUAUGUUACUCAAGGAAAAUGGAGACAACUUGAUGUGGUCUCUUCGAAAUGAUAGUUUUGUAUCUUGCAGUCGACACUUAUGCUUGGAGGCUUUUGUUUGAUAUUGUGUCGAAUAUUUGUACGA